CCGGUCCACCGCGGGUCACCAUGCCCAGCAAAACCAAGUACAACCUUGUGGACGAUGGUCACGACCUGCGGAUCCCCUUGCACAACGAGGACGCCUUCCAGCACGGCAUCUGCUUCGAGGCCAAGUACGUUGGAAGUCUGGACGUACCAAGGCCCAACAGCAGAGUGGAGAUUGUGGCUGCCAUGCGCCGGAUCCGGUAUGAGUUUAAAGCCAAGAACAUCAAGAAGAAGAAGGUGAGCAUUAUGGUUUCAGUGGAUGGAGUGAAAGUGAUUCUGAAGAAGAAGAAAAAGAAAAAGGAGUGGACGUGGGAUGAGAGCAAGAUGCUGGUGAUGCAGGAUCCUAUCUACAGGAUCUUCUACGUCUCUCAUGAUUCCCAAGACUUGAAGAUCUUCAGCUAUAUCGCUCGAGAUGGUGCCAGCAAUAUCUUCAGGUGUAACGUCUUUAAAUCCAAGAAGAAGAGCCAAGCUAUGCGAAUCGUCCGGACGGUGGGGCAGGCCUUUGAGGUCUGCCACAAGCUGAGCCUACAGCACACCCAGCAGAAUGCUGAUGGCCAGGAAGACGGGGAGAGCGAGAGGAACAGCAGCAGCUCAGGAGACCCAGGCCGCCAGCUCACCGGAGCCGAGAGGACCUCCACGGCCACUGCAGAGGAGACGGACAUUGAUGCGGUCGAGGUCCCACUCCCAGGGAACGACACCCUGGAAUUCAGCCGAGGCGUGACCGACCUUGACGCUGUAGGGACGGAAGGAGGCUCCCACACAGACCCCAAGGUCUCACCCCACCCCCAGGAGCCCAUGCUGACAGCUUCGCCCAGGAUGCUCCUUCCCUCUUCUUCCUCGAAGCCCCCGGGCUUGGGCGCGGGCACGUCACUGUCCACCCACCACCAGAUGCAGCUUCUCCAGCAGCUCCUCCAGCAGCAGCAGCAGCAGACGCAAGUGGCUGUGGCCCAGGUUCACUUGCUGAAGGACCAGCUGGCUGCUGAGGCCGCAGCACGGCUGGAGGCCCAGGCUCGUGUGCACCAGCUCCUGCUGCAAAACAAGGACAUGCUCCAACACAUCUCCCUGCUGGUCAAGCAGGUGCAGGAGUUGGAGCUGAAGCUGUCGGGACAGAAUGCCAUGGGCUCGCAGGACAGCUUGUUGGAGAUCACCUUCCGCUCUGGAGUCCUGCCUGUGCUUUGUGACCCCACGACCCCGAAGCCGGAGGACCUACACUCGCCGCCCCUGGGCGCGGGCUUGGCCGACUUCGCCCACCCAGCGGGCAGCCCCUUAGGUAGGCGCGACUGCUUGGUGAAGCUGGAGUGUUUCCGCUUUCUCCCACCCGAGGACACCCCGCCCCCUGCUCAGGGCCAGCCACUCCUUGGCAGCCUGGAGCUCAUCAAGUUCCGAGAGUCAGGCAUCGCCUCGGAGUACGAGUCCAACACGGACGAGAGCGAGGAACGGGACUCGUGGUCCCAGGAGGAGCUGCCUCGCCUGCUGAAUGUCCUGCAGAGGCAGGAGCUGGGCGACAGCCUGGAUGAUGAAAUCGCCGUCAUGUUUGAGAACCUGAACACAACCCUCACUCCCAAGCUCCAGUCAAGCUGCUCUUUCCCCCACUUGUCCAGGCCAACAGCCCCCAGCUCUGCUGCUCAGGGGUCUGCGGAGCCCGGGGGGCCCGGACUCUGGGUGGGCAGCAGUCAGCACCUCAAGAGCCUGGGCAAAGUGGUGGGGGCCAAAGUGAAUGACUUCCUGCGGAGAAAGGAGCCCUUGAGCCUGGGCAGCGUGGGGACAACAGAGGUCAACAAGACUGCAGGGGCCCAACUGGCUGGCGGGGCUGAUGGGGAUGACGGAAGGUGACCCUGGCCUGACAGUCAGUCAGCCCUGCAAGAAGCAUUCCCUCGGCUGGAUCCUCCACCUCCAGCCACCAGGAAGCGAACCCCUCGGGCCCUGAAGACCACCCAGGACAUGCUGAUUUCGUCACAGCCUGUCCUAAGCAGUCUGGAGUAUGGGACAGAGCUGGCAUCUGAGCAGCCCCAGGUCUCGUCUUCCGCCCAACCCAGCCCAGCCGAUGCUUCCCAGCCAGAGGCCACCACGGAGGUGGACAGGGGUGACGCUCUGCCCAACGGAGAGGUUUCUGUGUCAGUACCUGACCUCAUCCACAAAGACAGCCAGGACGACCCCAAGCUCAAGGUGACUGAGUGCCGAAGGGCCUCCUCCCCUGGCCUCAUGGAGAGAAAUGGCCUCAAACUCAGCCUGAGCCCCAUCAGCCUGGCCGAGUCUCCGGAGGACGGCAGCCCACCUCCGCGGGCGCGGACCUCCAGCGUUGACAAUGAGGGCCCUCACCCAGACCUGCUGUCCUUUGAGUAG